AACCCGAGCUUUCUCCCGUCUUCGUAGUAUAAUGACUUUGGUGUCUUCCGUUACAAAAAUGGUUGCCUCGAGGCCAACUUCUCCUUGUGGGUGUCUGAUUUUCUUUCUUCUCGUGAUGCCACACUGUUCCCCGCAGAAGACUUGCCCAAGCUGCGGAGUCCUGCAAGUGCCAUACCCCCUGAGCACAGGCCCCUUGUGCGGUGAUCCCGAGUACUACUCUUUCCACUGUGACGCCGCAGCUAGAAAGCUCUACUUCAACGCCCUCAAUGGUAGCUCUUACCUCGUGAUUCAAGUCUUGGCCUCUAUUCAAAGGAUGGUGGUGCAACCUUCUCCUUGGAUAAGGGACACUUGUGUUACUAAAGAUGCACAAGUGAGCGAGGGGCUUUGGUUGAACCAAUCUCUCCCCUUCAGUGUGACGUCCUCGAACACGGUCUUUCUGUUAAACUGUUCUCCUCGACUACUGGUCUCUCCUCUCAACUGCACCCCUACGAGCCUCUGCCACAAGUACCUUGAGGGAUCGGGCCACGUGGAAAAGAACCGGUCUGGCAAGUGUUCAAGUGGUCUCAGUCCGUGUUGCACCUUUCAAGCUGGCGGCACACCUUCGGCCUAUAAGAUCCGGCUCCACAGUUCGGGCUGCAGAGCAUUCAGAAGCAUUCUCCACUUGGAUCCGAAAAAGCCACCUGACCAGUGGGAAGAGGGGUUGGAGAUUCAAUGGGCUCCACCACCUGAACCCAUCUGCAGGUCCCCAAAGGACUGCUCUCAGGAUUCUCAAUGUUCACCAACUUCUCCGAAUGGCCUAAACCGUCGCUGCCUCUGCAAGAAAGGCUAUCAAUGGGACCAUGCCCUUGCGACUUGCCUGAGAAAGAAUAAUAAACGUGCCCGGUCGAACCUCAGCAUAGAAGUCUCCGUUGGAGCAGUUUCCUUUCUCUCUCUAGCUAUAGCGGUUUGUAUCGUCACGAUGAAGAGAUCACGCAGGUUCAGAAACAGGGCAAAGCUUGCAAAGGCAAGAGAGGACAUGCUGAAAUCAACAAAUGGCGGGAAAUCCGCAAGAAUGUUUACCCUUAAAGAGAUGAAGAAGGCGACCUGCAACUUCUCGAGAGAGCAAGUUUUAGGAAGUGGCGGGUUCGGAGAAGUCUACAAAGGCCAGCUCUCUGAUGGGACUCUGGUCGCGGUCAAGUCUGCCAAGGUUGGGAAUGUAAAGAGCACAGAGCAGGUGCUGAACGAGGUUCGGAUACUGUCACAGGUCAACCACAAGAACCUAGUGAAACUCCUAGGUGGUUGCGUCGAGGCCGAGCAGCCACUGAUGGUCUAUGAGUAUAUUCCCAACGGGACCCUCCAUGACCAUUUGCACGGUAACCUCCCGAGCUUCCUGGAUUGGAAGAUGAGGCUUGGGAUCGCCCUUCAGACAGCUGAAGCUCUAGCAUACCUGCACUCUGCAGCCUAUACUCCGAUCUACCACCGGGAUGUCAAGUCGACGAAUAUACUGCUAGACCAUGAGUUUAAUGCAAAAGUGGCAGACUUCGGGCUCUCAAGGCUGGCCCUCCCAGGUCUUAGCCACGUGUCCACCUGUGCUCAAGGGACGCUCGGUUACCUAGACCCGGAGUACUAUCGGAAUUACCAGCUAACAGAUAAGAGUGAUGUGUACAGCUUCGGCGUCGUGCUGCUGGAGCUCCUCACCUCCCAGAAGGCGAUUGACUUCUCGCGGGGCCCUGAUGACACCAACCUAGCCAUUUAUGUGGGCCAGCGGGCCCGCAGCGACACGCUCAUGGAAGUGGUUGACAUGAGGCUACUCGGUGAGGAACCUUCUCCCAGCACCAUCACCAGUGUAAAGCUGUUCUCAGAGCUUGCCUUCGCCUGCCUGCGGGAGAAGAAGCAGGACCGACCAAGCAUGAAGGACGUUGUUCAAGGACUCCAGGGUAUAAUCCAAACUCUAACAGGAUCGGAAGAGGCUCAGGUUUUUGGCGAGGUUAGUAACAGUUAAUGCAGCCAGCGGGAAGGAUCGCUUACAGUAUACUCUUCCUUUAAGCCAGUUAGUGUUACCAUCAUCUGUAAAAAUAUAGGAUUGGUCUCGGCUUUUGCCACCCGAAAAAGUUUGAAGUCGAUGUGGUAGAUAGGAAAACGCAAUGAUGGAAAAAGGCUAUGUAGAGAAAAAAGAUCGGAUCCUGCUGCUUUGUAUAAAAAGUACCAAGGCAGAUGAUAUAUACGAUAUGGACUAUGUACAGAAUUGGGAUGAUUGGAAUCUAUCAGUACUUAGCAAAA